UGCAGACGUGUGCUCGUCCUGGAGCGCACCGGGGAUGGACCGCUCCUCGUUCAGUCUUCUGAGCGCUUUGUGGAUUUAGACGUGCUUUCUGCAGUUUUUUGUUGUUGUUUUUUUCCCUCCGUCGUCUGCGGGGACUGUCUGCUGAGAGCGAGGCUCGUGUCGAUCCAACAUGACUUUUCCACAGUGUCCACCGGUCGACGCUUGGUGCUGAACCAUCCAACAGUGCUGUGAAUAAAUGAAAACAAGCAGCUUUUAAUCUGGAAAGGGUUCCUCGUCUCGGUGCUGAGAGUCGACUAACUGUGUGUGAGGGCCUCUGGGAGUACAAGAGUCAAGUCAAGGACACGUUGACCAGGAGCACCACCGCCACCGGCACCACCCCCCCGUCUCCGCCUGCUGGAAGAUGGGAGUGAGAAAAUAAAGCUCUGUGGAGUCGAGAGGAGCCAAAUGAAUUCCCAGGAAUCCUAAAACAAACAGCGUGCAAUCUUGUAAGUGUGUGUAAGAGAAUCAGCCAACCAUGUGGACGCUCGCUGUGACCGUCCACCGCCGCCUGGCUGCCGCGCUGCUAUUGGUCAGCUGCCUCCAAUCGGUAACCGCCACCGAGGACGACGUAACGCCACGCAUCAGCUUCCCCUACAAUGCAAAGGAGAGAUCAGCCAAGAGAUUUUCGGCUGAUGGAGUCUUCAAUUACACCUCUCUGCUGCUCAGCCAGGAGGACGACAUGCUCUACGUCGGAGCCAGGGAGGCUCUGUUUGCUCUCAGCCUCUCGGACAUCAGCAAGACCAAACUGCAGAAGAAUCUGACGUGGGGCACUCCUGCUGGAAAGAGAGAAGAGUGCAGCUUCAAAGGGAAAAACCUUGAGACUGAUUGCUUCAAUUACAUCAAAAUUCUCCUGCGACUGAACAGCACUCAUCUUUAUGUGUGUGGCACCUUUGCCUUCAGCCCUGUCUGCGCCUACAUAAACACGUCAACGUUCAGGCUGGAGAGAGACGAAGUGGGCGAGGUCGUGAUGGAAGACGGGCGCAGUCGCUGCCCUUUCAAUCCCGAGUACAAAUCCACCGCCAUCAUUGUCGAUGGUGAAUUAUAUACUGGUACAGUUAGCAACUUUCAAGGCAACGAACCAGUCAUUUACAAGAGUUUAGGGCAGGGAAGUGCUCUGAAGACAGAAAACUCCUUAAAAUGGCUCCAAGAUCCGGUCUUUGUGGGGUCAUCUUACAUUGAGGAGAGCCAGCCAAUAGGCAACCCUGUGGGCGACGACGAUAAGAUUUACUUCUUCUUUAGCGAGGCGGGGAAAGAAUUUGACUUCUUCGACAACACCAUCGUGUCCAGGAUUGCUCGCGUGUGCAAGGGCGAUAGGGGGGGCGAGCGGGUGCUGCAGAAGAAAUGGACCACCUUCCUGAAGGCUCAGCUCCUGUGCUCGCUGCCCGACGACGGCUUCCCCUUCAACAUCAUCCAGGACAUGUUCGUCCUGAAGCCCAUGGGAGACAGCUGGGAGAGCACCGUGUUUUACGGCGUCUUCACUUCCCAGUGGUAUAAGGGUGCCUCGGGGAGCUCGGCGGUGUGCGCCUUCACCAUGGCCCAGGUGGAACGAGCCUUCAGCGGCCGCUACAGGGAGGUCAACAGGGAGACGCAGCAGUGGUACACCUACAACCAUCCCGUACCAGAACCCCGGCCCGGCGCGUGUGUGACCAACCAUGCCAGGCAAAUGGGCAUCCAGUCGUCUUUGCACAUGCCCGAUAAAGUGCUCAACUUCGUCAAGGACCAUUUCCUGAUGGACAGCGUGAUCCGCAGCGCUCCUCUGCUCCUGAAACGUAGCGUGCGCUACACUCAGAUUGCCGUGCACAAGAUCCAGGGCAUGGAGAGGGCUUACGAUGUGCUCUUCAUCGGAACGGAUGAUGGAAAGCUGCAUAAGGCCAUCAACGCCAAUGACAAGAUGCACAUUAUAGAGGAGAUGAUCCUGUUUCCUGAGCCUCAGCCUGUGCAGCACAUCGAACUGGAUCCUCAAAGGGGCCUGUUGUUCGUGUCGUCAUACUCGGGCCUGGUGGAGGUCCCAGUGGCCAACUGCUCAAACUACCUGAGCUGCGGCGAGUGUGUGUUGUCCAGAGACCCUUACUGCGCCUGGACCGGGCGGCUGUGUCGGGACGUCCGGAUGGCUCCUCCUGACAGCCACUGGCAGCAGGACGUGGAGGAGGCCGACACGUCGGCGAUUUGCAACAGGACUUUUCCGAGCCCCAAAUCCACCCGGCCGGCAGCCUCUCGUGGCUCCCCCUGCCAGCUCAUUACGAUCCCUGCCAACACUUUCAGAGUGCUGCCCUGUAAGCUGCGGUCUAACCUGGCGCGCAGGAGAUGGCGUUACAGCGCCAGCGCCAGCCAGUUCCUCUACGCCACCCCCGAGGGGAAUCUGGUGGUGGUGGCUCAGUCCGAGAGGACGGAGACGUACGAGUGCUGGUCGGAAGAGGAGGGCUUCCGUCAGCUGCUCGCCAACUACUGCGUGAGAGCGGAGCCCCGCCAGGAAAGCACGACCCUGAUGGGUCACUCGCGCACGCCCCACAUCACACGGGAGGAGACCAUCAUCCUGCCCGGCGAGUCCCGGUCCGAGCAGGUCCACACCAAGACGUACUGGAACGAGCUGAUCGUGGUGUGCGCUCUGCUGGCGUUCUCGCUCGUGGUGUUCUCCCUGUUCGUCAUCUACAGGAACCGGGACCACAUGAAGUCCAUGCUGAAGCAGGGCGAGUGCCCCAACAUGCAGCAGAAGAAGCCGCGGAUCGUCGGGAAGCCCACCGAGAGCCUGCCGCUCAACGGCAACACCAUCCCCGUCUCCACCUCAGACCACAAGGGCUACCAGACGUUAAACGACAACUACAUCUGCAGCACGCCCACGCACGAGUCCUCGCCGGACAACAGCAAGAGCUUCUCCGAGGCCUCGGACAGACGGCCGCUCAACCUGAAGGAGAGCCACGUGGAGUACUCCCCCACCUGCCCUCGGCCCAGGGUGCGGCUCGGCUCGGAGAUCAAGGACUCCAUCGUAUGAGAGCGCAGCGUCCGCGGAACAGUGGCGUCCUGUGUCACCGUGGGAGAUACAGUCCACCGAGCGAAGGAGAGGAGACCCUGACAUCCUCCUACAUCACAGCACGUCUUUCCUUUCAGCCAUCUUUCGUUCUGUGAGCAGUGCGGAGGUCGUUUUCUUUCAUCAUUUCCACUCCGGAGCCGGAGGUUGGCCUGGUUGGCCACAAUAAGGUCAGAAAAAUGAAGCAGCACAACACUCCGGUUUUAACCAGGUUCACAAGUCAUGGCAGCUGUUACGUGGAAUUAUAACAGUCUUUUUUUAUUAUUAUUAUUAUUAUUUUGAACCAUUUUCAUAGCCACUGACUUCAUAUGUGUUUUAGCACAGGGCUGGAAAAUAAUGGGAAGGAAAAAAAAGAAAAGAAACAACGAGCAGAAGACCUUUCUCCCCUACUCAGUGCUUGUCUCUAUGUGUGCAACAUCCAUCAAUAGAUUGUACAGUGGAUGUUCAUCACAUGUACAAUUACAAUAGCAGACAAUAAAUCCAGGCACUGGUAUUUUUCUCAGCCCUGUUUGCAUAAUCUUGCACAUUUAACCACAGAAGGUGGCUGCCACGCUUCUGUUAUUAUGCACACUAGAAACAACCUACAUGAUGACCAAGAGCUCAUGCUUAGGAGAAUAUGAUACAGGUAAACCAUCGCAUCGUAUGUGGAAGCAAGUCCGAAGCACAUUUGUUCUCUUUUUCGCUGAAUAAAUGACCUGACUGAGGAGGAAGAUGUGAAAGAUUUCCAGGAGAAUCGGCAGUAUCAGACCUGCACUGAAACGAAACAAAAAACUGCAACGUCGAUACUGAUGAUCAUAAUUGAUGGUCAGGGGCCUAAAGACUGACACUUACCUCCUGAAUGUAUGAUGUUUGUUGAACAAAAGUCCGUCUCACUCACAAAACUGUGCACCGCGAACAAUUCUAGGGAAGCGAUUACAAUUCUGCUCAUCUGAGAUCAUCCUGUUGGCCACGUCAGGCAGCGGGGAGCCUGCGCAUCAAUCCUGACCAAGACACAGAUGCCCGGUUUCUUCUGAAGUGAUUAUGGGAAAAGAGACAUUACAGAAUGCAAAGAAGCAAAAAAUAAAUAAAUGGAAAAUACUACACCUCUUUUCAUAUUCAGGGCAGCACCAAAAUCAUCAUGUGCACUGUGCCAAAACAAAACUAAAUGAUUGUCUUACUCAAAUGCAAUAGUGCCAUUCUGCUACCAUCACUCCCAUCUCAUGCAUCCUAUUAACAUUGAUCACUGUCAAAGAGCACAUGGUGAUGGAUCUAACCGGGUUUGGGUUUCACAAGAACUAUUGUGGCAGUAAUAACAAAGAAAUAAAUGUGAAAUGCAAAGUUGGGAAUUCUCUCCGAGACUGUUAUCUCAUAACAACUUUUUCAGAUUGUGUCGAACAAAGUAAUGUACUGACUGGUAAAUGUUGAACUGGGGCCAAAGGAUACAGCAUGGAGAUGAUCUGCCAUGUGGCUGUCGGGUUAAAGAACAAUCUUGUGUCCUUCUGCCUUCAUACCGACAAAAAACGGGAGAUAUUUAGCCUAACAAGCGCUCACAAUAGAAACUUUGUGGUUGUUAAUAGCCCGCUUGUGUUGUAAAAGAAUAAAUAAUGUGGCAGUAGAAGAGAGCUAAUAGACUGAAGCUGCACAAAUUAGUGAUCUAGAUGCACAAAGCUUCGUGUCGGCGCAAUAUAACCCCUUCCCCACCAGGUUACAUGUCCCACAUGCAUGGCAUUCACCACUCUUGGUCAGAGGUCCAGGUGACGUUAAUGUGAAAGCACAAGUAAUCAGGGUGACGAAUACUUACAGGUUUGCACAUUUCAGUGGAAUCGGAGCAAGUUGUGAGAACUGCAACUACUGAGACCGAGGGUGUGGCUGCUAAGUCGGAAGAUUUAGUAGAAAUCAGUUCUUGCAGGGACCAGUGCAGCCAUUGGGAACACUCUUGCACCCACAUCACUUAGACUUUUGAGACUUAACAGACUUUUCCCAAAGAUGCAGGAAGCCAACUGUGUUGUGUAAAUCCGAGUGAGACGCAUCGACACAGCCGACGCGGCGCCACUUUUCUUAGGAGACAUCAAGAGUUCACUGUAUUGAUCGCGUAGACGUACAGUAUAUAUUCCAGUGUCACACAGGAUCAGCAUAAUGCUAUUUUCAACACGGAGCAGACGAUGAAACGCUAUGUAACGGCUACAAGUUGACAAAGUAACUGCACAGCAUACUGCGCAACAGUGGUCAGUGUUUCCUUUUUUGUUUUUUUUCCAAAAAAAAAAAAAGUUUUUGUGUAUAUACAGUACCUGUGCUUAAUAUUGUGUGUUUUCAAGGGACCUUGUGCAAGAUGUGUUGUAGAGAUAGUCAUGAAACUAGAGAGUGAACACUGCUGAUCUUAUUCUUUUUUUUAUUUUGUUUCAUAGUGCUUUACUGCCUACUUCAGCAUACAUUUCACCCCGCUGUUAGUUCAGCACCUGGGCUGGUUUGUAUCAAGCAUGUCGAAGCAGGAGAUCAAUCUGUUCUUCUUUUGGUGUCAUGCUGAAUCAAAGGGGUCACCUUAUUGUUACAUUUAAAAAAAAAAAAAAGGAAAAAGACAAGAUCUCUCCUCUCUGACCAAUUACAAAGGAAAACACGUCGUGCUAACAGCUGAAAUU